UGUCAAUUCAAGGCUGCUUUAGGAUGGUUAGACGAGUUCGGAGAACUUAAAUAUCAUGGCGGUGGGAUGAUUAUAAGUCCAAAAAUGGUUUUAACCGCUGCUCAUUGUGUUUACAAAGAUGGCAAAAUUCCUGAUGUAGUUUUUAUAGGCGGAGAAUCUCUUAAGGCGCAAAACAAUGAUUAUAGGGAUGUAUUUUUAAAAUUUUCUGUAGUCAAUGUGUCAAUUUAUCCUGAAUAUGAUCCCACACAAGGAUACGAUGACAUUGCAAUACUCGAACUAGACAAUCCAACAUGGUUUUCUUCAGUUUGUUUAUGGAAAAGUCCAAAUUUACCAAUCGAUGACGUCACAGCCAUAGGAUAUGGUUUGACAGAAUUUGCUGGAAUGGGUUCUCAAGAAUUAUUGAAAGUCAAUUUGACAGUUUUUUCACCAGAAUAUUGUGCACCAUUUUUCAAACGUCAACGGAAAUUCAAAAUGGGUCUUUCGGAUGCUCAUAUCUGUGCUGGGGAUAAGGAAGGCAUUAAAGACACCUGUCAGGGUGAUUCUGGUGGACCGCUUAUUGUAAAACAUGAAAAUAAGACAUUUGCUGUUGGAAUAACGUCUUCAGGCCAAGCCUGCUCUGGAUUACCACCAGCGAUCUAUACAAGAAUCUACCCCUACAUAGAAUGGAUAAGUGAAGUGUUAAACGAACGAGGAGAGAUUUUAAAGACAUGUGACUGAUCAUCGCAUCAUCCUAAAUCUAAGAAUGCAUUAAUCGCAAUUCUAGAAAGAAACAAAUUAGGAUUGUUUUGUAAAAACUAUGUACAAAAAUAAAUAAGAAAAAGUUUUUCAAAAUGUGGGCGCUUGUUUUAAAAACAAUGUUUUUCAGUUCCGAUAUAAAACUUACUAUCAAUGCAAAUACAAAUUCUUGAAUCUUUCAA